AUGGACCACUCUGCUCCAGAGAAGCAGCCAGAGAACGGAACAUGGCUGGUGACCGAGUUUGUGCUGGUGGGAUUCUCCAACCUUCCAGACCUGAGGACCACACUCUUCACAUUGUUCCUCCUCACCUACCUGGUCACCCUCAGUGGCAAUGUCACCAUUAUCACCAUCAUCCAUGUAGACUGCACCCUCCACACGCCCAUGUACCGCUUCUUGGCUACCCUGUCCCUGUCUGAAACCUGCUAUACACUGGUCACCAUUCCCAAUAUGCUGGCCCAUUUGCUGAUGGAGACAGCCAUCUCCAUUGCUGGUUGUCGUGCUCAGAUGUUCUUCUUCCUGGGUCUGGGCUGCAGUCACUGCUUCCUUCUUCCCCUGAUGGGUUAUGAUAGGUAUGUAGCCAUCUGUCAUUCCUUGCGCUACUCAGUGAUCAUGAGGCCCACUGUCUGCUUCUGCUUGGGAGCCUUGGUUUUCUGCUCUGGCUUCUUGGUGGCCUUGAUUGAGACUUGCUUGAUCUUCUCCUCUUCCUUUUGCCAUGGAGACCGUGUGGAACAUUUCUUCUGUGACAUUGCCCCUGUGCUAAAGCUCAGCUGCUCAGAGAGUGUGCGCAAGGCUCUGGGCAUCUUCUUUUUGAGCAUCUUGGUGGUGCUGGUCUCCUUCCUCCUUAUCCUCCUCUCCUACGCCUUCAUAGUGGCUGCCAUCCUGCGGAUCUCCUCUGCCUCUGGUAGGCGUAAAGCCUUCUCCACCUGUGCGGCCCACCUCACCGUGGUCAUUGUGCAUUUUGGCUGCGCCUCCAUCAUCUACCUGCGGCCGGACUCUGGGGCAAACCCUGACCAGGACCGCCUAGUGGCUGUGUUCUACACCGUGGUGGCACCUCUGCUGAACCCAGUGGUAUAUACUCUGAGGAACAAGGAGGUGAGGGUGGCCCUGAGGAGGACCCUGGAGCGCAGCUGUGGGGUGUUGAAAUAA